AUGGUGGUGGUCGGGAUUUCAAUAGCGAUGGCGGCAAUGGAGUGGGUCGGCGAUGGAAGGAGGGCGACGGUGGUGGUAGCGGCGGCUCCGGCUGCCUUUAAGUGGUGGUAUUUGAGGGUGGUUUUGAGUGAUCAAACGGGAUGGAAGAUGGGUGACUGGGUUGUGGUUUCCGAUGGGGAAGGAUGUGAUGGCAGUGGUGGUUUUAUGGCGGAAGGUGGUGCUACCGUGUGGAAUCGUCACAAAAUUCUCCAUCGAUCAUUCAUCUCCUUCAACCGUUCUAUGGCAUCAUCUCCAAAUCCUACUGAUCAGAACUUCAUUGUAGUGGAUUUCCACUACAAUGGUCAGUUUGCACCCAAUCCCUUAGUUUACUUUGAUCCCAACAGAGCAUCAGUGCGAGAUGUUGACUUCAGUGGGUUUGGGUAUGAGCAAUUCAUGGAAUUCCUUCACAAGCUCACCAACUCGAGAAGCAAAGACAUCUAUUUCUGCCUUCCACAAGAGUCUUUAGGUCUUGGAAUUCAUACACUGGUGAACAACGGUGAUUACAAGGAAUUUUUGGAUUUGGCGUAUGCUAAUGACAAGAGAAUGAAUGUAUAUGUGGAUCACCAUAAUGAACCUAUCUUCGACUGGAUUGAGGCUGAGGAAAGUGAAAGUGAAAACGAAGACUUAGAUGAAGAUGAGGAUUCAGUUAUUCAAGAUUCAUAUUCUGUUGAUCAUGAAGAAGAUGAUGCUACCUAUCCAUUUCCAGCAAACAAAACUGCACGUGAUAGAUUUUUAAACAUCCUUUGUGAACCUAUAGAGAGUGAAGAUCAAGAUGAUGAAUACGUGCCACCCAGUACCCUGUGUAUGAUGAGAGACAGCCAUGGGAUCAGAUGA